CUGCAAAAACAUAUAUUAAAAAAUUCUUCCCGGAAUAUCCAACAGGACCAUUCAACAAUUUCGCCGAGCUCCCGCAACAUACAUACAAGACAACCAUAGAAAGAUCGAAGACAACACCGACGACCCGAGUUGCUCCGAGUCACGCUCGCGAUUCGUACGAAAGACCUGGUCGCCAUUGCUCUUCGCAUCUCGAGAUGAAAACCCUAGUUGUGACCUGAAAAUUGCAUCGAUCGAUCGUUCGUUUCUUGUCCUUGUGUUGAAUAGUAUUCUGGAAAUUGGAUCCAAUCGAUUGCAGCGAUGCCGGUGGCUGCUUCCGCUGUUUACUUCUUGAAUCUCCGCGGCGAUGUCCUCAUCAAUCGCCUCUACCGCGACGACGUUGGGGGAAAUAUGGUGGAUGCCUUUCGAACGCAUAUAAUGCAAACGAAAGAACUUGGUACAUGUCCUGUGCGGCAGAUUGGAGGCUGCUCUUUCUUUUACAUGAGAAUUAGCAAUGUCUACAUUGUGAUUGUUGUCAGCAGUAAUGCUAACGUAGCAUGUGCAUUCAAGUUUGUUGUUGAGGCUGUUCAGCUGUUCAAAUCAUAUUUUGGUGGGGCUUUUGAUGAAGAUGCUAUUCGUAACAAUUUCGUUUUGAUUUAUGAGCUAUUGGAUGAGAUCAUGGACUUUGGUUAUCCCCAAAAUCUUUCUCCAGAAAUCCUGAAGCUUUACAUCACUCAGGAAGGAGUACGCUCGCCAUUCUCAUCAAAGCCUGCAGAUAAACCAGUUCCUAAUGCAACUUUACAAGUUACAGGUGCUGUUGGUUGGCGUAGAGAGGGUCUAGUUUAUAAAAAGAAUGAGGUGUUUUUGGAUAUUGUGGAAAGUGUCAAUCUUCUUAUGUCUUCAAAAGGUAGUGUUUUGCGUUGCGAUGUAACUGGGAAAAUUCUCAUGAAGUGCUUCCUUUCUGGAAUGCCUGAUUUAAAGUUGGGUUUAAAUGAUAAAAUUGGCCUUGAAAAAGAGUCACAAAUUAAAUCGCGUCCUACAAAGAGUGGGAAAACAAUUGAGCUCGACGAUGUUACUUUCCAUCAAUGUGUAAACCUGACAAGGUUUAACUCAGAAAAGACUGUUAGUUUUGUGCCACCAGAUGGUGAAUUUGAGUUGAUGAAGUAUCGUAUUACUGAGGGCGUGAAUCUUCCAUUCCGGGUGUUGCCUACAAUUAAGGAACUUGGUCGGACACGCAUGGAAGUAAAUGUCAAGGUAAAAAGUGUCUUUGGUGCAAAAAUGUUUGCACUUGGAGUUGUAGUUAAGAUUCCGGUACCAAAACAAACAGCAAAAACAAGUUUCCAAGUGACAUCAGGACGAGCUAAAUACAAUGCGGCUAUUGAUUGCUUGGUCUGGAAGAUAAGGAAAUUUCCUGGACAAACUGAGCCAACCUUGAGUGCAGAAGUAGAGUUGAUUUCCACGAUGACAGAAAAGAAGUCUUGGACUAGACCUCCAAUUCAGAUGGAGUUCCAGGUUCCUAUGUUCACAGCAUCGGGUUUACGAGUCCGAUUUCUCAAGGUAUGGGAGAAGAGCGGGUACAACACAGUGGAGUGGGUUCGUUAUAUUACCAAAGCCGGCUCGUAUGAGAUUAGGCUGUGAAAUUUCAUCGACGACUUGUAUGGUGGAGAUGGGUUCAAGGAAUUACUGCAUUCAAUUCAUUUUUAUUUGUGAACGAGGUCUCCACUACCCGCUCUAAAACGAGUCAGCUUCAGCUUCAACUUCUAGUUCUGUUCAGUUAUUAUUUGAGGUUUUCACGUUUUUUUUCAUUGAUUGCACACAUAGGAGUUAUUUAUGGAGCCCAAAAGGUUUUGAUAUUUGUAUUGUAAAAGGCUAGUCCUUCAUUAGGACUGGUAAAGCUUGCAAUUUGUUUUUUUGACACUUUAUGGUCUAUUAAUUUUUUUGGCACAAUUAUGUUCUGGUAUAUUUGUGAGUGAAAAUUUGUGUUUGUUUGCGCCACUUGAUUUUGGCUUCAUUAUAAUGCACAUGAUAUUAUUACUGA